AUGGAUAGACACCCGCCACCUCCAAGUAACGCAGAGAGACGGCCAUUUACCUCUGUCGUUAAGGCAAGAUUCUAUUACAAGGCAAUGGAACUGGAAAGGAAGACCAAUUUUACCCGCAUAGAAAUCGAGGGGCUGUUGCGCAUCUUUGACAAAAUUGUCGAGAAAUACCACUCGCCUAUUAAUCGUCCAGUGUUUAAUGACAUUCUUUUCAGUUUUUUCGAUUUUACGAAUCACACCAUGAUGGAGCGCAUUUUUAGUGCUCUCACCCACUCUUCAUCCAACUCCACUCUCACGUGCGACGAUUGGAUCUUCACCCUGAAUAUCUUUCUUCGUGGAUCAUUCAUGCAAAUGACGAACUUCGCUUUCACGGUCUAUGAUCAUCAAAACCGGGGCUACCUCUCGAAAGAGGAUGUACAGUACUUCUUGAGGGAUGUUUUGAUUGCGAAGUUACCUGAAGAAGAUGCUGAUGAAUUAAAAUCAGACAUGGUUGAUAUGGUAAUCGCUUUAUUUGACAAGGACAAGGAUGGCGUGAUCAGUAGGAAGGACUUUGUCAUCUCUGUUUUAUCUGAACCGCUUCUCAUAGAAGUUCUUGGGGAGUGUCUACCAACAAGCAAAUCAGUUCUGGCACUAGAAUCUUUGAUUAAACAGACCAGUAUGCGGCAUCAGACGUCCAAUUAA